GUAAUGCGCGCCACAGUUGCUUGCCAACGGCUAUUAAACAAACGAAGAAAAGGAAGCCAAGAAGGAGUAGGAACACUCGGCGGUGUGAUUCAGUGUACAAAAGUCACGCUGUGCAUACAGAGUAAUUUGCAUCUUGCGUGCUGCCUUCAUUUGGAGUCCAUUUCAACAUUAUCUGUGACCCAACAGCACCAGAGGAGACCCUUUUUGCAUUUGGAUCUUCAGCAGAUGAUACUUUCAACACUUUGACAAGAUUGACAUUGGUUUUAGGUAUCUCUCUUUCCUUGUGGCAAAACAGUUGAAGCAACAUGUUCAGAGCCACGACUGGACUGCUGAGUUACCCCAGCACCUGAUCCGCACAAAUAUUCUCCAUAGAAAAAGACUGUCAAACUGCAAAACUAUCACACUACAACUGGAUCUGUCUGCUGCUAUGUAUCACCACCGGUCUCAGUCACAAGACCAACAGUCUUUCCCCAGUGUGUCAAGGCUUGGUCAGAAUCAACAAACACAUCUACAACAUAAUUCCCCUGCCUCUAACAUGCAUGGCUUCCCAUUUCCUCGCCGUACUCAACUUCCUGAUGAGCUAGAGUCAGCUCUGUCUAUUCGAGGAGCCAGGGAUACAGACCACCGCCUAUCUGACCACACAAAUCAGCAAAGUCAACAUCAGGGAAAACGCCAAGUGUCUAUAGUCAGUCAACAUGGAGGCUACAGUUCAAGCCCAAUAGCACUCAGCUCUGAUAAUCAAGCGAAUCAGCAAAGGGCAGACUGGUCAAGCUUUCAGCCUCCAAAUAAACUGUUUGCAAGCCCUACAUCUGGUGGAAGUCAUCACUCUCAUCAUCAGGGCCCUCACCAGCAGUCUCAGAGUAACCAAACAGGAACAACCAUUCCAAGUUGGACAUCAGGCAACAUGUCCUCUUCUCAAGUCCAGCGACUAUGUCGUGUUGGUGCGCAAGGCCAGGGUUUGUAUACACCUGAAAAUGCAGGAAGUAUCUUGGCAAGCUUUGGACUAUCAAAUGACGACCUUGAAGUGUUGAGUCAUUACCCAGAUGAUCAGCUUACCCCAGACACAUUGCCGUUUAUACUUCGUGACAUACAAAUCAACAAAUCGGACAACCAAAAUACCGUGGCACCCAACAUUCAUGACAAGCUGCUCCUUCCAACAACCUCUUCCCAGCUCAAAGGUUCAUCCUCCCCUGAAGUACCCAGUCUUUUGACUGUUACAAAAACAGCAGGUCAAGUCAUUGACUAUGGUCAUGCCAGCCGAGUAAAGGACAGUACUACUACAAAGACUUUUAAAAGAGAGAAACUUUCAAGCGCAAGAAAAGUUCAGAUGUACCCAUCAUCAUCCUCUGCAUCCACUUCAAAAGUAGAAAAGGUUGAAAAACGCCAGGUACGUUUGGUACACGUGGAAUCGAGCAGGCAUGGAGACCGGGACUAUCGUAGGACAAGUAGCGACCAUCACAAGAGGAGUCGGUCACGCAGUAGUGAUGGUCCACCAUCUAAAUCUCGUAUUGCAGACAAAGACUACAGGCACAAUGGAUCAAAGCCAAGGUUCUCAGCUGAACCGAAGAACGAGCUGCCCUCAAGGCACUCUAGUUCCUCUUCAUCUGGCACAGCUUCACAGGAUACCAGCAAGAAGUUGCCUACUUCUGCCUUGAUAAGUGAUUUCUCUGGCACGUGUCCGAAAGUGUUUCCUCAUUCCUGCACCCUGUGCCACAUUGAGUGUGAUCAUGAAAAGGACUGGUUUGACCACGUUAAUACUGUUAACCACACAGCCGCCUGCAGGGACCUGCGCAACAAGUAUCCUGAAUGGAAACUAGAUCGGAAAAGCCCUACCCACAGCGCGAGCGGAUUGGAGCCUCCUUCCCACAAACCUGGCUGGUCUUAUUCUCAUAACGACCGUUACCAUUACUUUGCAGGAAGUGGAUCAAGUCAAAGUGGUUUGAAGCGCCCUUACAAUGAUCUAAACAAACAAUCUGACACCAGCUUGAAGUUUUCUAACUCCAAGGCUGAUCAUGGACGAUCUCACUUCUCCGCUAAUACAGACAAGAAGGCAACAAGGCCUGGAAACAAAACCACUAAAACUGCACCUACCAAGGCUGAUGAGCAUUCCACUAAGCCUCCACCAGCCAAAAAGAAAAACACAUCGACUUCAGCAUUAUCAGACUCCAUAGAAGAACGCCUCGUUUACCUGACUGGGAUUCCAAAGCAAACCACAGAGCAGGAAGUUACUAAAUUAGUGGCGUCCUUUGGCAAGAUCAACAAUGUGAUUCUCAUCCCAUGCUUUGAAAAAGAAAGUGAUACCUUGAAGGCAUCGGUGUGCAUGGAAAAAGCUGCAGAUGCUCAGGCUUUGGCAAACUCUGCAAACAUCAAAAUUGGAGAUCAGCUAAUCACUGCUUCAGUGGCCAAGAAAUCAGAACCAGGCCAGUCUCCUGUCUGCUCCAACAGCAAACCUAUUUCAAGUUUGGACAAAGUUGCGGAUAGAAAAGACUUAACGGUUGAUGCUAACCAGAACAUUUUGGCAAAGAAGGGCUUAGUGCUUAUCACAGGACUUCCUGGUUGUGACUGCUCAGAAAGUGACAUCAUCGAGCUCAUUCAGCCAUUCGGACAUCCAACUGACAUUAUCUUGGCAUCAUCAGUCAGAAAGGUUCUCGUGUCUCUGCCAGAUGUGGCAACUGCUCAAGAGGUGGUGAAAGUUCACUCUUCAACUCCUGCAAAAAUGAAGGAUUGUGAACUCAAGAUGGUGAAUAUCAAGCAGCAUAUUGGCAUCGACACACCGGUGGCUCUCUACAAUCUACUGAUACAGUCACUGGACCCAUUGGAGAGUUCAGUUCCAGUUGGCUGGAACAGUCUCUUGGUGAUCAGUAAUGUUCCUAACACAUCGACAAGCUCCUCAGAUGUAAAGCAACUGGUUGAGCGUUUUGGCACAGUUGUCAAAAGUCUGGAACUCAAGAAUAUGGUUAUUUGCGAAAUGACAACUGCACCUAUGGCGUUGUCUGUCUACAAACGUUUCCAGAGAUUCCCAUGCGUUAUCCAGAGCAACCAUCUGUUAUUUUCGCGCAAGCCGGACCCCAAAGCUAGCACGCGGACUCAAAUCUGUUCUCCAAACCUGCAUUCACCUAAGGAUAUUCUUGAACGUGAUGACUGCAAAUCAGGUGCAAAUAACCAAGAGGCAAAAGGAAAUGAAGAAAACUAUUCUCUGAAAAAGAAUAAACAAGGGCCAGAGAUGUUAAACAGCCCUGAGAAGGUGGUCAGUGAAGAUGACGAGAUGGCAAAGAAUGGGAGCAAAAUUGUCACAAAUACAGACCAAGUGCCUUAUUCUGCAUAUGAGGCAGACAGACUGUCAAAGACCAACAAGGUAAACAUACCAGCUAUUCAAGCAGACAUGAAGACCAACAAGGAAUUGUCAGGUGAAGCAGACAUGAAGACGAACAAGAAAAUGUCAGCUCUUGAAACAGACAAGGAGAUCCCCACUAUUGAAACAUACAUGAAGACCGUCAAGGAGAUGUCUAUUGAAACAGACAUGAAGACGGACAAGGACAUAUCCGCUAUUAAAACAGACACAGAGACGGAAAUGGACACGUCCGCUAUUGAAACAGACAUGAAGACGGACAAGGACAUGUCCGCUAUUGAAACAGACACGAGGACGGACAAGGACAUGUCCGCUAUUGAAACAGACACAAAGACGGAAAUGGACACGUCCGCUAUUGAAACAGACAUGAAGACGGACAAGGACAUGUACGCUAUUGAAACAGACACGAGGACGGACAAGGACAUGUCCGUUAUUGAAACAGACACGAGGACAGACAAGGAGAUGUCCGCUAUUGAAACAGACACAAAGACAGACAAGGAGAUGUCCGCUAUUGAAACAGACACGAAGACAGACAAGGAGAUGUCCGCUAUUGAAGCAGACACGAAGACAGACAAGGAGAUGUCCGCUAUUGAAGCAGACACGAAGACAGACAAGGAGAUGUCCGCUAUUGAAGCAGACACGAAGACAGACAAGGAGAUGUCCGCUAUUAAAACAGACACAAAGACGGAAAUGGACACGUCCGCUAUUGAAACAGACACAAGGACGGACAAGGACAUGUCCGCUACUGAAACAGACACGAGGACGGACAAGGACAUGUCCGCUAUUGAAACAGACAUAAGGAUGGACAAAGACAUGUCCACUAUUAAAACAGACACAAAGACAGACAAGGAGAUGUCCGCUAUUGAAGCAGACACGAAGACAGACAAUGAGAUGUCCGCUAUUGAAACAUACACGAAGACAGACAAGGAGAUGUCCGCUAUUAAAACCGACACAAAGACAGACAAGGAGAUGUCCGCUACUGAAACAGACACGAAGACCGACAAAGAUAUGUCUGCUAUCAAAAUAGACUUGAAGACGGACAAGGAAAUGUUCUUUAUUGAUACACACAGGCCCACUAUUGAAACAGACAUGAAGACUGAGAAGAAGAUGUCUGAUGUUGAAACAGACAUGAAGACUGACAAGAAGAUGUCUGAUAUUGCAACAGACAUGAAGACAGACACGGAGAUGACCGUUAUUGAUACUAAUAUGUCCACUAUUGAAACCGACAUGAAGGCGGACAAAACGGUGACAACUAUUAAAACGGUCAUGCAGACAACCAUAAAUGAAACUAAGCUCGGAGAAGAGAUAUCUACAGAUAUGGCCAUAGCAGAGUUAACCAAGGAUGCUCAAAAGGCGAAAGACACCGGAAAAAGAACUGGCGGCCUUUCAAAUAAAAUGGCAAUUUCUGCAGAUGGAGAUCAGACACAUCUGGAGUCCGAGAGGGAAAAGGCGGAUGAUGAAACAAAAGAGACGAGGAGAAAAAGAGCAGUUGAUGUAACAAACGAGUCAGUAAAGAGCCACAUAGAGCCGGCUUUAAGGACACAAGACAGGGUGAGAAUUGAAAGAGAGGCCAGAAGGGAGAAGGAAGCAAAAGAGAGAGAGAGACGAGAGAAGGAGAGGAGACUCUGGGAGAAGGAGCGCAGGGCCAAAUGGGAGAACGAGCGGGAGGAAAGAAUUAUGAGACAUAGGCGUGAAAGAGAAAGGAGGGAUAGAAAGAGGGAUCGUGAUGAUAGGUCCUUAGAACUUAGAUCAUCUUACAGGUCGGAGACACAUAAGACCUCCUCCUUCGAUAAGCCGGCAACUUCAAGAAAAUCAGAUGCUAAGCCACCUGAAAUGGGUAUGGAUGGGGAUUUUGAUUCCUUUCCAUUUAACAUGAGUGAAUUUGUGACCGUGGAUGAAGUAGGGGAUGUGAUUGACUUCCCCAACUCUCCUCCUGCUGCUGCUCCAGAGGAUACGACAAAACAAGAGCAACAGGAUUCCCCGACAUGUGUCCCACAGAGCGCUCUUGAGGACACACCUUUGGAAAUCACAGAGGGAAUGUUAAUAUGUCAGCCUGUGAAGUCUGAUGACCCCUUAACGGAGUGUCAACAUCAGCCCAUUAAGUCCGAUGAGCCCAUAACUGAUUGUCAGCAUCAGUUUGGUGAUUCCAUAUCACGAUGUGAAGAUCCGCCUACAUUCUCAGCUGAGACCAAUUUAUCAUCGGAUGUGAUGGGCAUGCUGAGCUGCGAAACUGCAGCCCCACCCACAGAAGCUCAACAAGAAAUCUCUCCCUUUGACCCAAACCUUGUGCCAGCUUGUCAACCAGAAGAGUGUGAGACAGAUGGUCCCACUACAGAGAUGGGUAUGACUGCAGAAAUUAAAGCUGCAGAAGGAAAGGAAGAUAAAACGGCAACCCUGGAUAGCAGCCCUGGAAAGGAGAGUGUGACCAUGAUGUUGAAUAAAGAAGAGGAAAAGAUGCAAAAAACAGAGGACAAAGAGACAAGCAUUCCAUCUCAGGAGCCAGUAAAGCAUGAGGUGUCUGAGAACCCAACAAUCACAGAAAAGAAGAGUGAUAUAGAAACGCCAACAACUACAGACAACGCUCUCCAUUUUGACCCCAGCAACCCAGUUGGUAUGGAAUUCUUGAUGCCAAAAACCGGCUUCUUCUGUAAGGUGUGUAACCGUUUCUUCAGCGGAAACAAGGACGCUCAAAUCACUCACUGCAAAACCUUCAAGCAUUUUGAGAACCUGCAGAAACACUUGGAGAGGAACAAAAAGGUGGAUGCAACGUCCAGCUGAUUUUGUUAACAGCUUUUGAGCGAAUAACGACAUUCAUCUUGUUUUAUUUCUUGUUGCACCUGUGAAACGAUGACCUACAAAUGUUUUAUCUUCAGUCCACUGCGACAGUAAGUCAUCAAUCAUUUGUAUUCUUCAGACUUUCUGAUCAAGAUCCAGGUUCAAUUUCUUUAAACGACUGCAGUAACUGAACUAAAAAAAUCAAAACAUGAUCUUUAGGCACACUAUAUGAUUUCAAAACAGUAACCCUAAAGAUACUCAUUAUUUAUGUGGUCUUCUUCACGUGUUAACGUGGUUGUGAGAGGGAAUAGAUUGGCUGAUGAAAGAUGUUUCAGAUAUUUGAACAUAUUUGAUGUAACUGACAUCAAAUACCAUUAAUCAGUGCAUGUCUCAUAGAUUUCUUCAUAGAUGUUUUAGCGUAGUUAGUCUAGUCAGUUAUUGUUCUGAUCCUGUUUAAACACUUGGACAUUUUUCAUGUAAUAUUCAAUGGAAAAUGGGCCAAUUCUGAUUUACAAACAUGACUGCAAAUAAUUUUUCUGAUUUAGUUUUUUGUUUUUCUUUUAGUUUUUUCAGCUUCUUGAUUAGUUGACCUUGUACUUUGCAUUAAAGAGCUUGCUUGGUAUGACA